UGAAGCCACCCACGGCGGUGCCGUUUUGUUGCGUUGGACUAGCAGAGACCUGAAACGAAGAAAGUACUCAACACCUUGUCAAAGUUUUUGACUUUAAGAUCUGGGUACCACCUCUCACUUGCCCACUGCAUCGAAUUUGUCGCAAUUUGAUUUCAGAAGAGAAAAUUCCCAAAAAUAAAUAAGAGGGGGGAAGCUAUGGAGCAAACGCAGUGGAAGAGAAGCUCGAAGAUGUGGAUGGUUUUGGCGUGUUUGAUGAUGAGCUUCUUUAGCGGCAUUGAGUCGCUAUCGGUGACGGUAAACGACGUCGAGUGCGUCUACGAGUAUGUGCUUUAUGAGGGUGACACUAUUUCGGGGAACUUUGUUGUCGUCGACCACGAUAUUUUCUGGGGCUCCGAUCACCCUGGUAUCGAUUUCACGGUGACAUCUCCUGCUGGUAAUACAGUCCAAAAUAUCAAGGGGACCUCUGGUGACAAGUUCCAAUUUAAAGCCCCGACACAUGGAAUGUAUAAAUUCUGUUUUCACAACCCUCACUCAACACCUGAGACUGUUUCUUUCUACAUCCAUGUUGGUCAUAUUCCAUCUGAGCAUGAUCUUGCCAAAGAUGAGCAUUUGGACCCAAUUAAUGUAAAAAUCGCUGAGCUCAGAGAGGCACUAGAAUCUGUUACAGCCGAGCAAAAGUACUUGAAAGCUCGUGAUGCAAGGCAUCGCCACACGAAUGAGAGCACACGAAAGCGUGUUAUAUUCUACACCGUAGGAGAGUACCUUCUGUUGGCUGGUGUUAGUGCACUGCAGGUCAUAUACAUCAGGCGCCUUUUCAGCAAGUCCGUGGCCUACAACCGCGUUUAAGCCUCCCCUCCUCCUCCUNNNCAUUAUGGCUUCCUUCUUUAUUUAUUUAGCAACAGUGUUGUGUUCUUUGUGACCACUGUUUUCACUUUCAAAGGAAGUCUGUGACUUGUGUAUUAUGAUAAUCCACAACAAUGUUAGAUUCUUUAGUUUUCAUUUCAAUGGAUUUACAGAAUUUAUACCAUA